AAAAUUACUGCAUGGACUUUAAACCGAGGCGGGGGAGCGGGUGACGCAGGUUACAGACAAGGAACUGACAAGGAACUGCAUCGAUGGCUAAAUUCUUCACACCGGUUGAAAUCAAUGAGUACAAGGAGUGUUUCUCCUUGUAUGACAAGAAGCAAAAGGGCAAGAUUGACGCCAAAGAUCUGAUCACAGUCAUGCGCUGCCUUGGUACAAGUCCCACAUUCAGUGAAAUUGCAAGACACCUUCAAGUUCACAAGAUUGAAAAGACAGGUGAGCUGGACUUCUCUUCGUUCCUGACAAUGAUGCACAGGCAGAAACAACAGGAAGACCCCAAGACAGAAAUCCUGGAGGCCUUGAGGAUGACGGACAAGCAAAAGAAGGGCUUCAUUUCUGCAUCUGAGCUGCGGGCCAAGCUCACCAUGUUAGGAGAGAAACUCACUGACAGAGAAGUGGAUGAGCUCUUCAGAGAGGCAAACGUCAAGUCAAACGGGACCAUCAAUUAUGAAGAGUUCACCAAGAUGGUUACACUGCCACCUGUUGAUUACUGAUUUUCACUGGAGUUCAAAACUGACUUUACAUGCCACCUGAUGAAGAGAAAGCUUGCUGGAUUAAAACUACGUGUUCUGGCCAGCAGCUGUGCAGAUGUUUUGCUUUAUUUUUCUGAUUAUUUAGUAAGAAUGCAGAAUCUCUUUGAUCUAACAUAUAUUAUAUACACGUGUUUGCUCUUUGUGGAGCAUUGCUGUUUUACUGCCUCAUGUCUAACACAAUAUUCAUUCGGGCGGUUUGUCUCUAAUAGGUUGACAUUUCAUUUACUUAAACGCUUAUACUCUCAGUCAUCGUUUGUCAAGCUGGUUGUUGCACCUAAAUUGAUCGAUUCAAUUUAGAGCUUGAGUCUAUGAUUUGUUUCUGAAACACCUUUUAUGUUAUCUGUUGAAAUCACCUCCAUGUC